AUCGUGCGGAUAGCGGAGGGUAAGCAGCGGAAUUGCAGAUCUCCAGCUGGAGGGAGAGGACAUUAUUGCAUUCACUCUUUUAUAGACUCCGAUCCUUUGCGAAACAUCGGCAUUGGAGCCGGGUUUGCGCUAUAACCUAUAGCCACACUCUGAAUACAGAAGGCUGAAUUAUACGAGGGAAGGCAAACCCAACUUCAACUGCAGGAAUAGCAAUGAACUAUUCAGCAGACCAAGACUAAUCGAAUAACAAGGAAGGACUUUUGUUUUCUCUCUCAGCGAAGGAUUCAGCACCGCUGAAAGGACUGCGUCAGGCGACUGAGAAACAGCCCAGGGUCUGGAAUAAGAAAACUUGCUGUUGUGAAAGUACGGCAGCCAAAUCCCUCUUUAAUUGUGGAGGUUUCGUUUAUUCCACUGCUCUGACCCGAACCAGAAGCCAUCCGCUGGCGGACGUCGUUUGUUUUAAAGAUCCGCAUCGUGAAAUCAGUUAGCACUCAUUCGGAUUUAUGUUUUAACAGACAGGAUUUCCCAAUCCACGUUCAAUCCGGACGCAUAUCUGCAUUUAGACGCAUCUUGGCAGAUCACCUCCUUGUACCGGGUUCUCCGGGCUGAAUACGAAUAAGAAAGUCAUUAACUGCAACCUUUAUUCUGCGGGACUCUGCCCAUCUAAUCGUCUUGGACACGGAGAAUGGGAUCGCGUUCACAGUAAUCCUACAAUCGCCCUUUCAACUUUCUGCCCGGGUUUCCUACCUCUUUCCGCUAUUCAGUUGCUGCGUCUUCAGUCAUUCGGGAGCGGGCGAAGAGGGAGGUUGGAGGGGGGGAGAGAGAGAGAGAGGGAGAGCGAGAGCGAGAGAGUGAGCGAGCGAGCGAGCGAAUAGAAGAGUGUGCAGAGAAAGGGAAAGACUGCAAUAGCAAGCUUGGAGCACUCAGAGUGCUACAUGCACACAUACAGUUUACAGAAACCACUAGCACGCAGGUAAAGAAGCACCAACUGCGGAUGCAGGACAAACUUGGAACAGCGUGAAUGAAAAGGCACGUCCUAAGCACUAACGGAUUCAGGUGACCAAUUUUACUAAAUGCUUCUCCUUCCCUGCGCUGGAGUCCCGAGAGCAGCAACAUGCUCGAGCGGAAUAGAGUGAUCCAAUUUACAGGAGAGGAAUGUCAAAGCUAAAGCGGUGUCUCUGUGAGUGCGUGUCCCGGUGAGUGUUUCUGCAGAUUACUUUACUGAGUGUUGUUGGACUGUUGAAACGGACAAUAGGAACAAAGAUUUGGUGCGAUUAAUCGGUGGAGGGUGAGGAGGUGGCGGUGGUGGUAGGGAGGGGGAAAAUUUACUCGGAGAGAUGAGUUUCUGUUUGCCACUGGUGCUUUCGCUGGUGGCCAUCUCCGCCGUCCCGGUGAGCGGCAAGCAAGCUCUCCGUUACCGGAUCACCGAGGAGGGACCGGCCGAUGUGCGGAUCGGUAAUGUGGCCAGCGACCUGGGCAUCGUGGCAGGCUCGGGAGAAGUGACAUUCAGCCUGGAGUCGGGCUCGGAGUACUUUAAGAUCGACAACAUCACGGGAGAGCUGUGCACCACCGGCCGGCGCAUCGACCGAGAGAAGCUGCCGCAGUGCCAGCGCAUCUUCGACGCCAACGAGUGCUUCAUCGACUUCGAGGUGUCGGUGAUCGGGCCGGCCCAGAGCUGGGUGGAACUUCACGACGGCCAGGUGGUGGUGGACGACAUCAACGACAACGCUCCCUCUUUCCCCUCGCCCGUGCUCACGCUGACCGUGGAGGAGAACCGGCCAGUGGGCACCCUCUACCUACUGCCCACCGCCACCGACCGGGACUUCGGCACCAACGGCAUCGAGCGCUACGAGCUGCUGCUGCUGCAGGAUGAGAGCGGCCAGGGGGGCAGGCGAGGGCUGGAGCCGGCGCUGGGCAGCAGCAGCAGCGGCAAGGUGCCGGGUGGAGGUGGAGGCGGCAGCGACGAGCCGGGACAGGGCGACGGCAGCAGUAGCGUGUUUGAGCUGCAGGUAGCCGAUACCCCGGACGGGGGCAAACAACCGCAGCUGAUCGUCAAGGGGGCUCUGGACCGGGAGGUCCGCGACUCCUACGAGCUGAGGCUGAGGGCGAGUGACGGCGGGCGCCCAGCUCGCUCCUCCAGCGCUCUGCUGCGGGUCCUGAUCUCGGAUGUGAACGACAACAGCCCCCGUUUCGAACGGCAGCUGUACGAGGCCCGGCUACCCGAGAACAGCCCGGCGGGGAGCCGCAUCCUGCAGCUGCGGGCUGGCGACCCGGACAUCGGGGUGAACGGGCAGGUGGAGUACGCUUUCGGCGGGGCGAGUGAAGCGGCCAGGCGGCUGCUGCGUUUGGACGAGAACAGCGGCUGGCUCAGCGUGCUGCGCCGCAUCGACCGGGAGGAGGUGAACCAGCUCCGCUUCGGGGUGCUGGCCCGGGACCGGGGGCAACCCCCGCGGACCGACAGGGCCACAGUGCUGCUCGCCAUCAGCGACCAGAACGACAACGCGCCGCUGGUGGACAUCCGCAAGAUCGGGCGCAUCGUGUUGCGGGACGGUGCGGCCAGCGUGGUGGAGGACGUGUUGGUGGACACGCCGGUGGCUCUGGUGCAGGUAUCCGACCGGGACCAGGGCGAGAACGGCGCCGUGACCUGCACGGUGGUGGGCGACGUGCCCUUCCAGCUGAGGCCGGCCAGCGAGGCGGACACGGAGCAGCAGCCGCCGCUGCCACUGCAGCCCAGGAAGAAGAAGUACUUCUUGCACACCUCGGCGCCGCUGGACUACGAGUCGGUGAGGGAGUACUCGGUGGUGAUCGUGGCCGUGGACUCGGGCAGCCCCAGCCUGUCCAGCAACAACUCUCUCCUCGUCAGAGUGGCCGACGUGAACGACAACCCGCCCAUCUUCCCGCGGGCCGUCUACCGUCUCGCCAUCCCCGAGAACAACUCGCCCGGCGACCUAGUCGCCGCCGUGGUGGCCACCGACGCGGACGAUGGGCGCAACGCCGAGCUGAGCUACUCGCUGGACUCUGCGGCUGCCGGCGUCUUCUCCAUCGACCCGGUCAAGGGCGCCAUUCGAGCCAACAUUGUGCUGGACCGUGAGCAGGCAGAGCGCUACGAGUUCCGUGUGGUGGCCCGGGACCGAGGCACCCCCGCCCUACAGGGCAGCGCCACCGUGGUGGUCCAAGUCCAGGACACCAACGACAACGAGCCCCGCUUCAUGCAGGACCUCUUCACCUUCUACGUGAAAGAAAACUUGCCGCCCAACAGCCCGGUCGGCAUGGUCACAGUGAUGGACGCAGACCAGGGCACCAACGCCGAGAUGAGCCUCUUCAUCGAAGAGGACAACAACGUCUUUUCCAUAGACAACGACACGGGCACCAUCUUCUCCACCGUCUCCUUCGACCGCGAGCAGCAGACAACCUACUCUUUCAAAGUCAAGGCAGUAGACGGGGGAGAGCCCCCUAAAUCUUCCACGGCGAUGAUAUCGCUGUAUGUCAUGGACGACAAUGACAACCCGCCCACAAUCACUUUCCCCAAGAAUGCGUCUUACACCCUGCUUCCUCCUUCUAGUAACUUGCGGACAGUGGUGGCCACAGUCCUGGCCACGGACAGUGACACUGGCAUCAACGCCGACCUCAAUUACAGCAUUGUGGGGGGAAACCCUUUUAAACUUUUUGAGAUUGACUCGGCCAGUGGUGUCAUCUCCUUGGUGGGGAAGCUAACUCAGAAACACUAUGGACUGCACCGGUUGGUGGUGCAGGUCAAUGACAGUGGGCAGCCUUCACAAUACACCACUGCAAUGGUCCACGUGUUUGUGAACGAGAGUGUUUCCAAUGCCACCACAGUGGAAGCUCAGAUAGCUAGAAGUCUUCGCACUUCCAUCAAGCAAGAUAUUGCAGGUGACCCAAACUAUGAGAUGAGCAAGCAAAGGCUCAGCAUUGUCAUUGGGGUUGUUGCUGGGGUCAUGACAGUGAUCUUAAUCAUCUUGGUUGUGGUUUUGGCAAGGUACUGUAGACCGAAAAAAUCCAAGAAUGGAUAUGAGGCAGGCAAAAAGGACCCAGAGGACUUUUUCACACCCCAGCAACAUGACAAGUCCAAAAAACCCAAAAAGGACAAAAAGAACAAAAAGGCCAAACAACCUCUGUACAGUAGCAUUGUGACUGUGGAAGCGUCAAAACCAAAUGGACAGCGAUAUGAUAGUGUGCACGAGAAGCUCACAGAGAGCCCUGGCAUGGGAUGUUAUCACUCCAUGAAUGGUGGACCAGGCAGUCCUGAUCUCGGAAGGCAUUACAAAUCUAGCUCUCCAUUGCCAACAGUUCAGCUUCACCCUCAGUCGCCUACUGCAGGGAAGAAACACCAGGCAGUGCAAGAACUUCCACCGGCGAAUACCUUCGUAGGGACAGGAGACAACAUCUCAAUUGAAUCGGACCAUUGCUCAGAGUACAGCUGUCAGACCAAUAACAAGUACAGCAAACAGCCCUUUCGUCGAGUGACUUUCUCUGUGGUGAGUCAGCCUCAGGAUCUACAUCAAGGGUCCCUACAGAGCUGUUAUGACAGUGGCCUAGAGGAAUCGGAAACUCCUAGCAGCAAGAGUUCAUCGGGACCAAGGCUAGGUUCACUCCCACUUCCAGAAGACAACUAUGAGAGGACAACUCCUGACGGAAGCGUUGGUGAGGCAGAGCAUAUGGAAAAUGAUUCAAGGCCUUUGCCCGAUGUAGCUUUGACAGGGAAAUGUACCAGGGAAUGUGACGAGUUUGGCCACUCUGACUCCUGUUGGAUGCCAGUGCGUACCUCACCCGAGAGAAGGAAAAAGAACCAACCCAAGCUCUCCACAUUCAUGCCCGUUACAGACCGAGGGAGUCAGGAGAAGCUGGCCAACGGUGUUCCUCAGAUUAUAGGCGACCGCAACCGCAAUCUUCUCAACAAAAGGCUGACUUCAUCGUAUGAGAAUUUCAACACAGCCAGCUAUGGUAAAAACGAGGAAGGAAGUCCUGAAGAUAUACCGCUGACUCAGACGGCAGAUUUCAAGCCAUCUUCUGUUUCUCAGCUCACAAGGAGAGAAGUUUAUCUGUGAAACAUCCCAGUAUGAUUUUGUCAAAAAGCAAAAAGAGCAGCAAAUAAGAUACCUAAAUUAAAAAAGAAUUAAAAUAUUGUGCAGGAUAUCCCAAAUAGGGGCUACCAAAGAGAAAUGCACAUGUUUGCUGUUCCUGACUCCAUAUCUGGCAUUUGACCACGUUCCACCUGACAGUUCAAUAAAUUGUAAAAAAAAUCAUUCUGGUUAGCGAAUUACAUGCAUGUUGUAACCCACCCAACCCCAGAACGCACGCAGUCCAGCACACAGACACUGAAUUUUACAUAUUAAAAUUUUGCAAUGUAAAUACGAGGGAAUAUGUAAUGAAAGGAGCACAGCACAAGAUUAUUACAGUAUCAAGUGUCUACAUCCCAAGCAUCCAAUGUAACUGUCUCAUUGUUUUUGAAGCAUGUUCUAAAUUUCCAAAGUGUGGAUCGCAAUGUGUCUUGUGAGAUAUUUAACUUGGAAACUAAUGCUGGAUUUGGAUGAUGGGUCAGUGCAGAAUUUUCAGCAAUGAAUUACAAUUCGUGGAGAUUUUCCUUUCAACAUUCGCUGAAUCACUGCUGCUUCAGGAAGCCUGCCUGAAAUACCUAUUUAAAUGACAUUAGUUCUGGCAUCUUACAUGUCUUUUGAAAACAUUGUUAAAACAAAUGUAUCCAAGCUUGGGGACACAGAAUGUACAUUUUCUUUCCCAUUUUCAAGACUCUGACAAAAUUCAUAGAGCUGGCAAGAAGCCACUUCAAUUUUUGUUGUACCAGGCUAAAGUAAAGAAUAAAUCAUGCUAUGAUUGGCCUCACUGUAUAAUGAAGAGAAAUCGUAGUGCUGAUCAGCAUCUCUAUUAUUAGCAAUGCCAAGAUUAAGGGCACUGAAAGAAAUACAGUGGAAGAUCCUGAUUUGUGAGCCUAAUAGAAGGAACACUUGAAGCAAUUAAUCAGGAGCAUUGCUCCAUGAACUUAAACACAGAAACAACCAUGGUAUAAAAUGUGAAGCUACAGCUCGUGAGGACAUGAGUCAAAGAUUCAAACAAAACUCUGGGGAAAACCUGCUGUAGAAUGCUGCUCUAGAUUUCUGGGGUGAAAUCCGACACUCUACCUGUCCCAGGGAACACUUUUUUUGAAUGCAAGAGGAAGUGCCGCAAUACUGGAUUGUUGGUUCAAAACUUUGCUGUUGUGUGAGAAACAAACUGAAUCGCAUCCUUAUACAAACUGAUGAUUCUGUACUUUUUACAAGUUGAACAACAAAACCAGCCCAGGAACCCCAUUAUACAAUUAUACUGGGCCGAUUGAAAACUGAUAACUCAGGAAAAGCAGUAAUGUUGGAGAACUCCUCUGUUUUUCAUAUUUGGUAAUGAAGAUAUGCUAGACAACAUCAGUAGAUGCAUGUUGUAGUUUUAGCAAAAUGUAGCAUUAUCUAGGCGAUGACCACCCUGAAUCAAGACUACAGCACAUUGUUGUGGUUAGCAUAGUUUACCCAGUUCACUCAAAUGUUUAGUGAUGUUAUUUGCUUUGGAAUUUACCAAACCAGGUUACAACUCUUGACUAGCUAAGAACCCAGACUGUAACACAGUGUGGACUUUCUCAAGAGAUUGUGUUCUUUGGGUACAUGAGAAUGGAUUGAAGUGAUAUUCUGAAUUGACUUAAAGGAUAUACUUCAGGGGAACUAAAAGUAUUGAAGAACCUUCACAGUGGUAUGACAGAGAGUUAUCUAAAGAUAAACCAUUCUCAGCAAGACACCAAUCCAAUAUGAACACAUUCUGCUUAAUCACAAAAUAUCUUUAUUUAAAGAGAAAUUAAUAUAAAAAAAGCAAAGAUAUGAACUUCAAAGUGGCAUGUAAGAUGAAACUUGAUGUUGCUUUGGUAAAUUUUGGAAAAAUACGGCUUUUGUUAGAAUACAGUGCUUUUCAUAAAUAUGCAUAGAGUUACUUAAAGUUGUAGCAGCUUCAAUAUUGGUCAAUUAAUCAAUAAAUACUUGUUGCACCCUUUGUUUACCUGGUACCUGCUGUUUUUCACUGUUUUACUGCAUCCUUUUCCAUACUGUUGAAGCCACUGGUUGAACGAUUUCUUACCCUUGGCACAUGAACAAUCCGAUGUAAUCCUGCAUUUUCCUGGUGAAAGCAGUGUUAAACAGUGGACAGUGUAAUGUAAAUACAAUGCAAAAUCAGCUAUUUGAACAGUCAAUAUAACUAAAAAUGGUGUAAUUGAUUAUUUGAGUGUUCAAAUCUUUGUUGCACUUCUGUUCAAUAGUGAGGUACAAAGCUACUCCUCCCGGUACUUCUGUGUAGAUACAGUAAGUACUUGUUGUUAAUGGAUGUUUUCCUUAAUUACAAAUAUAUACAUAUGUAUUUUUAUUGCACGUUACAAAAAACCCCACUAAAUGCAAAGGAAAUUCCUUUACUGAUAAUAACCGUAGUUUUUUUGUUUUUUUUACUGAAAAUAUGAAGUUAACCUUUAGUGUUAAACUGUGUUCUCUUCAUAGUAUUUGGCUGCAUAUCCCCAAACCAUGCAAAUUAUUUUGGAUGAUUGGAUUUAUUCAGCCGCCCCAUUUAGCAUCUAUUUGCACAUGCCAAAAAUAAUGGGCACAGUUCAGAAAAAGUGAAAACCACACCUUGAUAAUGACUUGUAUGCCUUUGACAUGCUUUGUGAACAUCUGCAAAGAAUUCAGGAUUUAUUAUGUUUUCAGCAUUUAUAUAAAGCAAGAGCAUCAGACUAAAGAAUCCCUUACAAAAUGUUUUGCUGUUAAGACGAGGGCACAAUGCUAAAUUAAACAUCUGUUAUAAAUUAAAUGCAGGCAUUAUCUGAUGACAUCUUUUAGAGUGAUCCUAUAGCAAGAUAAAUGUAAUCUAUGAAAUUGUGCCUUUUAUACCUAGAGGUAUAAAGAAUAUUUGGUUCACUGAACGGAAAGAGCAAAUAAUAAUGUUGACAUUUUGUACAAGGCAGAUGUGUGUUGUCAUUAAGGGAACAUUGGGAAAGAAAUGUGAAAUAGUAAGUGUGCUAUUUUCUAAUAUUAGAUACAUGGCCAUACAAAAACAUAAUGAUAUGCAUAAAGAAGAAUAGGAACUGUGAUUGUUUUCUUUCCUCGCAUCUAUGGGGUGUUACUUUAAUGCUCAAAGCAAAGGCAAUUGUACAUUCAGUUGGAUAAUUGCCUUUUUCAAACCAUUGAAACUGUCAGUUUCAACUUACAAAAUAAUGUUGAUUUUGAUUAAAUGUUCUAUGUUUACACAUGAACAAUCUCAUUGAAAAUGUGUUUUUAUUUAUGUCCAAAUGCACAUUCUAUACAAGUGUUUCUGACAUUUUUUUUCUAAGCAUUAGCCUCAUCCCAAACUGAUUCAUAGCAAUUCCUUGUUUUACAAAUGCAUCUGCUUCAAUAAAUUUACUAUGAAGGAAACAAACAUAAUCUGGCCAAUAUGCUUUUUUAUCAACUAAUGUAAUGUUUAAACCUCUGAAUAAUACCAAUUUCAUUUUUCACAAAGUAGUAAAGAUUAUAAAAAACAUCAAACUGAAAAAAAUGCUUCAGAAAAUAAAACACGAUUGUAAGGUUUUAGGAUGCACUGAGGCAUAAGAUUUAGCGUUUCUUCCUCAACAUGCCAACAUUUUGGGAUUUUAAUAUUCAGAAAUAUUAGUCGUUUUCCCAAUACAACUUUUGUGAAAUAAAGAAAAAUCAACAAUAAUCCCUGUUAUGAUAGUAAAAUAAAUUACAGCUGUCAAUAUUAAACUAUACCCAAAUAGAAUAUUGACUAAUUAAUGGUCCUGUCACAUAAUGCAAAUGGAAUAGUUUGAAGGAUAAAACUGUGUCAUUUUGAAUAAAAUUUUAAAAAUAUAAAAAAAUGUAUAAAUGAUUUUCUAAUUAAAAUACUCAAAUAUAUUAAUUGAAUCAUGAUGUGAAAAAUGCUGUGAAUAUUCUUCUAAUUCAAAGCAAUAUAUUACCUUAGGAGAUAUUUGAAGUGAAUUAUUAUUUUACGCAGCAUGGCUGUACUUCCAGUCAUCACUUCAUGCUAAUAAUUCAAUGCUUUUUCUCUGAUUUGCUUGUGAUAAUAAUAAUCAUGAACUAUUGUGCUGUGACUUUUGUGUUGAUGAGAAAAUGGAGAAUAGUUUAACAACAUUUACUGAUGAGUCACUACAUAUGUAUCUUGGUUGAAUCUGACUGAAUAUUCAAUGUCAGUCCAUUUCUGUUUUCAAAAGAUGAAAUAUAAUCUAAUUACUAUUGUUUACUGUAAACAGAAGAUUUCUUUUGUCAUCUGCAAAUUGACUCAUUGCUUGUUGGAAAUUUUGUGUGACCCUCCAUAUGGUUUUCCAUUCUGAAGCAAAUUAUUGUAAAGGAUUCCUAUCAACUACCUUGUAGACAUGCUUCUUUUAAUAUUGGCAGAAAUAGUUUUGUAAGUUGCUAAAUGAAAAACUUUCCACAUUUGUUUCUUGUAAAGAAAAUGAAAUGCUGUUGUGCAAGAAAUGUUCUCUCAGUUCUUGUCAUUACCUUGCCCUUCAUGCACUCCAUAUUUAUGGUGCUGAUUUACCAAGCAUGCUUUGAAACUUGUCAAUGUGGUGGAUAAUUUUAUGCUAAACACAGCAGCAGAAAAUGAAUACUUGAAAGACGAAAGAUGCACCUCAAAUUUUGUCUUCUUUCUCCCUGUGCUUUGCAAUAAAAACAAAAUCUCCUGCA